AUUUUGUCCACUCCGGCCAAAAUCAAAUUGCGGCGAAGCUCCGCCGCGCUCGCCCAGCUCCACCGAUGUUGCCGUGCCUCCUCUCCUCUCGCUCCCUCCACCCCAUCACCUCCCGCCACCUCUCCCCCGCCGCUGCCGCAGCUCCUCCCUCCCCGCUGCCGCUCGCUCUGGCGUCUCUCCGUCCGAGCCCGCCCUCGCUGACCUGCGCGCUCCAAUGCCCUCACUUCGAAUCGUGCUCAGGUUGUACUCACGAGCUGAACCUCCACCGUCCGAGCGUCGUUGACGAUGCCGUCGAUUUCUUCAAGAGCCUAGGCGUCUCGGAUUUCACUUUCGAUAGUUGCAAGCUCUGGGGGUGGAGAUGCCGUGCAAAGUUCGUGGUUCGCGGCUCGUCGGUGGAUCCUCUCAUUGGAGUCUAUCAGGAGGGCACGCAUAGUGUGGUGGACAUCCCUGAUUGCAAAGCUCAUCAUCCAAAUAUUAAUGCUGCCAUGGAACUGUUGAAGCAAGGAAUCAUAGAGUUAGGUAUAGAAUCGCAUGACGAGGAUCAAGGGACAGGUGAUCUGCGCUACGUGCAGCGAUGCUAUUUGUUUGGUCAUCUUCAGGCUUUUGAUUCUUUGCUCCGAAAGUUACAGAAGUAUGUUCCUUAUGGUGCAUCAGUUACUGACUUAUAUGCAGGAUCUGGCGUCAUUGGCUUAUCCUUGGCUGCUACAAGAAAAUGCAGGUCUGUAAAAUGUGUAGAAAUUAACAAAGAAUCCAAGUUGUCUUUUGAAAAGAUAGUUGAACGCCUGCCAACAUAUGUGGAUAGCAGCAUCAGUUGGUAUCAAGCUGACACUUCAGUUGAGCCUACUUCCUGGCUUGUGGGAUCAGAUGUGACUGUUGUUGAUCCUCCUAGAAAAGGACUAGAAGCGUCUCUGGUGGGUGCCCUGCAGACCCUUCCAUCACGGGAACUGAAAACUAGAUCAUCACCUGAAAGUUCCAAGACAAAAGAAGAAAAGAGACCGUGGGUACUUCGUGCUAGGGAAGCUUUUGUUCGAUUUGGAAAUGAUUUAAGUGAAGAGAGCCGUCACUCAGCGCCUCAUACUCUUAUCUACAUAAGCUGUGGCUGGGAAAGCUUUAAGGAGGACUGUAAGUCAUUGCUGUCUAGCAAGGCAUGGCAUUUGGAAAAAGCCCAUGGAUUUAACUUCUUCCCUGGCACACAAAGCAUUGAAGUUUUGGCGGUGUUCAAAAGAAGGGAAAAUAUGCACAUCAAGAAAAAGAAGGCGGGAAAGAAAAGAAGAAAUCAGCUGCGUUGGAGCAAAGGGCAUUGAUGCACUAACGUAUACUGGACCCCAUCCCGUCUGUUCAACAGAGGAAAACGGAAAAAAUUUUGUUCGCGGUCUACUUCAUUC